AUGGCCUCGCCCGCGCCCCACCACCACCGCUCCACCGAAGAGUCAACCACCUUCCACUCGGACAGCGAGAACUACGACGGCAACAACGAGCUCUCGUCGUCGCCCGCCUCGACCUCGCCCCUCAUCCUCUACCACCCGCCCACGCUGUGGGGCCUGCUGCGCGGCGCCGGCAUAAACCUCGUCUUGCCCUUUGUCAAUGGCCUGAUGCUGGGCUUUGGCGAGCUGUUUGCCCACGAAAUCGCCUUCCGCUUGGGCUGGUCCGGAACGAAGAUCUUUCCCUCCGGCCGCGCUUCCCGCCAGGUCGGCCCCGGCGUGCAGAUGCAAGCUGAUCCAGUCCGGCGCCGUCGCCGGAGCGGCGAGGAGCUGGACAUGUACGCGAACCUGGAGUAA